CCCCCCCCCCCAAGCACCCGAUUCAUCUCUAGAAAUCUGUCCCCAACUGCAACUAGAAUCCCACAAAAGGGCCUUUCCCAUGAGAACACAACACAAUCCUUAGCCAAACCAAAGCAACCAAAAACCCCUCAAAAAGCCUUUUGAAGAAGAUAUUAACCGAGCAAAAGCCGAAAAGCUUGAUUGAGAGAGUUUUUAAAGCUAUUUGCAUUUCCUCGCGAUCAUCCAUGGGCUGCUCUUCUUCAAAACCCAACACCCUUUUACCAGAACACCCAUUUCACCCUUCUUCAUCAUCUUCAUCUACUGCUUCACACUCUUCAAUUUCUUCACCACGGGUCCCCAGAUCUCCCUACCGCCCAACCCCAUUUGUCCACCACCCACCUCUCAGGAAGGGCGAUACCCACCACCUUGUCUAUCUCACCUCCACCACCUAUGGUUCGCUCCUCCUCACUGACCGCCCUAAACCCCCGCAGAACCCUAACUUGAAUGGUCAUGGUCUCCCUGAUCACCACCAGACAACCCAGAUAAGCUCAAUUACACCAACACCAGAACGAGAGCCAGACCCAGAACACUCAUUAUCCCCAGACUCGGUAAUCAACACCUGGGAACUCAUGAACGGCCUCGACGACUUCGAUUCCGAUACCGAAAAGCCCAUUUCAUCGAUUUUCGACCGUCCAAUCGUCACUUCAAAUAAACCAAGUUCGCGCCGAUACUCGGACUGUGAAGGGUCAGUGAAGAAACUGCUCGGUUUAUUUGAAUCUGUGAAAAACUCGAAUUUUUCUUCUGGAAAUCAAUCGCAUUCGACGAAACCACUGUGGCAGCAUUUGUCUGAGGAAGCUUUGCUAGCUAAAAUGGACCCUAACGUGGUUUCUAGCUACAGGCGAGCAUUGUCAUCCAGGCAAUUGAAUCCUACUCAGUCCAAAGGAGUGCGAUCACUAGGGUGUAGUCCUACGAGUUAUUCAUUUUCCAAUGGUUGGUAUCGUUUGCCAGGCUGUGAAGAUAGAAUUGUGAUCUAUUUUACAAGUCUGAGAGGAAUUCGAAAGACUUACGAAGAUUGUUGUUCGGUUAGGAUGAUAUUCAGGGGCUUUAGAGUGCCGGUUGACGAGAGGGACAUUUCGAUGGAUUCAGAGUAUCGAAAGGAAUUGCAAAGGGCGCUCAGUGGGAAAGCAGUGAGCUUGCCACAAGUGUUUAUUAGGGGGAACUAUGUUGGGGGUGCAGAAGAGGUUAAACAACUCAACGAGGUCGGGGAAUUGGCUAAGCUUUUGGAGGGGUUCCCGAUUAGGGAUCCUGCGUUCGUAUGCAAGGGGUGUGGCGAUGCGAGGUUUGUGCCGUGCCCGAAUUGUAAUGGCAGUCAGAAGGUGUUUGAAGAGGAGGAAGGAGGGUUGAGGAGGUGCCCGGAUUGCAACGAGAACGGCUUGAUACGGUGCCCGGGUUGCCGCUCAUAAUUCCAUAAAUGUGGAUGGAUUGAUACCAAUGGCAGCAAAUGACGAAUGCGCUUUAUUUUAUUUUAUUUUUGCCGAUGUUUUGUUUAGCAAUCACUUUUGGAAAAACCAGCCGAGAAAAGAAAAACCUGUGCUCUGUAAGAAAGAAACUUGAUCGUACAUGAAGUAUUUUACUCAUGGAAGGAGUUUUGUGAAUAUUGAUCUGCCUGUCAUGGUGCAAGUAUGUGCUUUUUCAGUUUUCUCAAGAGAAAAUAACUCUCACUCAACAAUUCUGAUUAUUGGUUGCAUUUACCAAUUAAAUUGGAAACUGCGGUUUUUUAUGGGUUGAGCCAAAGAUUAUGUCUAGACGACUUUUGUGCUCAAGUCUCUAUUGUUUUGGUGUUCAAAAGGCAAAAAUGGAAUAGUGGCUAUAAGGUGGUAAAUGAGCUGAACAAUUGGAGAGUUCAUCUGUAGUUCGUUUAUCUCUCUGACCAAACUAGAAAAAUCCUCUUUGCUA